CUUCCCCUCGCAAACUCAAGACAGGAAGCACUUCACGAUUCAGCCAGCAAGCAAGUUCCUCCAAUGGAGAAGCCCCAUGCAGUCAUGAUCCCUUUCCCCGGCUCUGGCCACGUAAACCCCAUGCUGCAGCUCGCCAAGAUUCUCCAUUUCAAAGGCUUCCACAUCACCUUCAUCAACACCGAGUUCAGCUACAAUAUUAUGUUGAAGUCUGCAGGACCAGAUGAUCUCAGAGGCCCCAAUGAUUUCCGUUUUGAAACCAUCCCUGAUGGCCUCUCCCCCUCUGAUGAUGGCGCAAGCGCGGAAUAUAGUACGAAAUUCCGCCUCUCAACAGAAAUAAACCGUGCUGCUGCCCUUAGAGAACUCCUAUCAGAGCUCAAUACCUCCUCCUCACUCCCAAUCACUUGCAUCAUAUUCAACUGGCUCAUGAGUUUUUCUCUAGAUGUUGCUCAACAGUUGGACAUUCCUGCGUUGGUGUUCUGCACCAUGAGCGCUUGUGGUUUCAUGGGCUCGCUUCACUUAGAUGAGCUCAUUCAGAGAGGAUAUAUACCACUCAAAGAUAAUAGUUGCAUCACAAAUGGAUAUCUUGAUACAGGUAUAGAUUGGAUUCCAGGAAUGAAAGGUAUACGUCUUGGAGAUAUUUCUAGUUUUGUUAGAACAGUGAAUCAUGAUGACAUGUUUCUCAAACUGGACAUGGAAACGGCAAGCAAGUCUCUCAGAGCCGGGGGAUUAAUCCUUAAUACCUUUGAUCACAUGGAAUGUGAUGUCUUGCGUGCCAUGAAACAAAUGUUCCCUCGGAUGUACACAUUAGGCCCUUUGCCUGCAUUCCUCAAUCAGUUAACAGAAAACCAGAGGAAUCCAAUACGCUUAAGCCUUUGGAAAGAAGAUUCUAGUUGUUUGGAAUGGUUGAAUACCCAGAGAGAUUCUUCAGUCAUCUAUGUGAAUUUUGGAAGCCUCACAGUGAUGACAACCCAGCAGCUGGUAGAGUUUGCUUGGGGCCUCGCAGAGAGCAAACAUCCAUUCUUGUGGAUCAUCAGGCCUGAUCUUGUUGCUGGUGGGCUUGCUGCAUUGCCUGAGGAAUUCAUUAUAGAAACCAAGGGGCGAGGUCACCUCGCUAGUUGGUGCUCGCAAGAAGACGUGCUCUCUCACCCUUCUAUCGGGGGCUUUCUGACACAUAGCGGCUGGAAUUCAACACUGGAGAGUGUUUGCAGUGGUGUGCCAAUGAUCUGCUGGCCAGGCUUCGCAGAACAAUACACAAAUUGCAGAUAUGCAUGCAAGGAAUGGGGAAUAGGCAUGGAGAUCAACCAAGAGGUGAAGAGAGAGCAGGUUAAGAGCCUGAUAAAAGAAUUGAUGGAAGGAGAUAGAGGGCAGAUAAUGAGGAAAAAUGUCAUGAAGUGGAAAGAGAUGGCAAAGCAAGCAACCUCACAAGGGGGAUCUUCUUAUGCAAGCUUAGAAAGAUUAAUUAUGGACUUGGUAACUCAAACAUAGGAGCAGAUCCUGGUAAGUUUUGUGCAUGGCGCAAAUAAGGAAACAGCAUGCAUGUUCUAUGUAAAAGAAAAUAUCAUGCUUCAUGGACUAUUUACAAA